AUGGGGUACCAGGGUGUCAUUCUCAACUACGCAAAGGAAAUCGUUUUGGACAAGAAGGCAGCCGCGGCGGAAGCGAAAGCUGGAGAGUACGCACCAGAGGUCUAUCAAAUGGUCGACCAAUGGAAGAAGGGAAACCUCGAAACUCUCCACAUGAUGGCGCCGGGCGAUUUCCUGGCCGUCAAGAUUACUGGUGCUGGCCCUAUUUCCGUAGACGCAUUGAAGGCGAAAGCACCCAUCCCCGAAGUUUUGAGCAAGGCUUUGGACGAACUCUGCGAGGAAACCAACAAGCAGGGCUCUCGUCUCUGGAUCGAUGCCGAGCAACAAGCCCUUCAACCGCAACUGGACGAGUGGACCAUCGACCUUAUGAGAAAGCACAACCGUCAGAGCAAGCCUUUGAUCUACAACACUAUCCAGGGAUAUCUCAAGGGCUCCAAAGCCAACUCCGAGCGUCACAUUUCCCUUGCCGCGAAGGAGGGCUGGAGCCUGGGAGUCAAGCUGGUCCGCGGCGCAUACAUCGAGAACGAAGUUCGAUCCCUGAUCCACGACACCAAGCAAGAUACCGAUAACAACUUCGACGACAUCGCGGACAUGUUCAUCAGCCAGAGACUCCCCGAAGACGCCAAGGAGUGCCAGUUCCCCGCCAGCGCGCUCUUCCUCGCCACCCACAACGCCGCUAGCUCCGCGACCGCGAUCUCUACCCACCGCCGCAGAAUCCUGGACGGCCAGGCCACGACUGAGCUUGAGUGCGGCCAGCUGUUUGGUAUGGCGGACGAGUUGAGCUGUGAGUUGCUGGACAACUACGACACGUGUGUGGCGGACUCUGGGUUGAAGAGAGAUGCUAUUCCCAAGCCAUUUAAGUAUCUGCCGUGGGGUUCGGUCUCAGAGUGCAUGGGAUACCUGCACCGACGGGCGGUCGAGAACAAGGGGGCUGUCGCGGAGAGCGCUCAUAUGCUCGGUUCAUUGAAGAGCGAGCUGAGACGCCGGGUGUUUGGUUGA